AUGGGUUCUCAAGAACCAAUUAACAAUAGUAACAAUAAUUCUUCUGCCCCGAUAUUGCCAAUCCCGGGGCAGAGGAACGUUCUUAUAACGAGCGCUUUACCCUAUGUAAACAACGUCCCGCACCUCGGAAACAUCAUCGGAUGUGUCCUGAGCGCAGAUGUGUUUGCAAGGUAUUGCAGACUCAAUGGCUGCAACACCCUUUAUAUCGGCGGUACUGAUGAGUACGGCACCGCCACAGAAAUCAAGGCUUUGCAGGAGAACCUUAGUCCCAGGGAAAUAUGCGACAAGUACCACGAAAUCCAUAAAGAGAUUUAUGAAUGGUUUGGUAUAAGUUUCGAUCACUUCGGGCGAACAUCAACCCCUCAACAGACUGAUGUGUGCCAAUCCAUUUUCAACAAGCUCUGGGACAAGAAUUAUCUCUCUGAGGACACUACUCAUCAGCUCUAUUGCGACCGAUGCGAAAGGUUUUUAGCCGAUCGCUAUGUGGAGGGAACCUGUCCUGGUUGUAACAAUGGUUCCGCCCGAGGUGAUCAGUGUGACAAUUGUCCAAAGACUUAUGAUUCCACUGAACUUGUUGAUCCAAGAUGUAAAAUAUGUGGUUCCUCUACCACAAUUCGAGACACGGAACAUGUUUUCUUGGAGUUUCCGAAGCUGGAGGAGAAGUUGAGAAGUUAUAUUUCUGAGAUGGAGGCGAAUUGGAGCGGCAACGCGAUCAGAACAACGAAGGCCUGGCUGAAAGAAGGACUGAAAAAGAGGAACAUCACCAGAGAUCUCAAGUGGGGUGUUCCUGUACCUCUGGAGAGAUACAAGGACAAGGUUUUCUAUGUAUGGUACGAUGCGCCAAUCGGGUAUAUCUCGAUCACCAAAUGCUACACGCCUGAUCAUUGGGAAAAAUGGUGGAAAAAUCCUAAGGAUGUGGAGCUGUAUCAGUUCAUGGGAAAGGAUAACAUCCCUUUUCACACUUUUUGGUUCCCAUCUAUACUUUUGGGAACCGGUGAAAAUUGGACAUUGAUGAAAGCUGUCAGCGUUGCAGAAUACCUGAAUUACGAAUCGGACAAGUUUUCGAAAAGUGGAGGUGUAGGGGUAUUUGGAACUGAUGCUAAAGAUACCAACAUUCCGGUUGAGGUUUGGAGGUAUUACUUGAUAAUAAACAGACCUGAGAAAUCUGAUUCAGCUUUUAAAUGGGAAGAUUUGCAGGCUAAAGUUAAUGGCGAGCUGGUCAAUAAACUCGGGAAUUUCAUUCAUCGUGUCUUGAGCUUCAUCGCAAAAGACGAUCCAGGAUAUGGCUCCGUGAUUCCUGAUGCAGAGAAUGUUGAACUACAUCCUUUAACUCAAGAUUUGGGACGAAGGGUUGGCGAUCUUGUCGAUGAAUACAAAGCUGCGAUGGAAAAAGUGAAACUGAGGGAAGGUUUGGAGAAAGCUAUGUCUAUUUCAAAGGAGGGAAAUCACUAUUUGCAAGAGAGCAGGUUCUGGCAACUUUGCAAACAAGAUCGACCUGCCUGCUCGAUAGUUAUAAGAACUUCUGUCGGACUGGUGUAUCUUCUAGCCUGUCUCUUGGAACCCUUUAUUCCAUCCUUCUCAGCCGAGGUGCGAAAACAGCUCAAUUUGCCACUCGAGAUACCUCUUUCGCUCGACGACAUCAGUAUUGAAAGGGCCAGGAGACUAUGGGAGUUUUUGCCUAGAGGUCACAGAAUUGGCUCCCCUGCUCCGCUGUUUAAAGAGCUGAAAGAUAAGGAGAUAGUCCAGCUGAAGGAACGGUUUGCUGGAAGCCAAGCUGACCGGAAGUUAAAGGCCGAAUAAAAGAAUCGCAAGUCGAAAAAAUCUGGCCAAGCUGUAUCAACAAGCUCUGCUCCAU